AUGAUGUCCAACUUGGCUUCACAAGUAAGCAUUCAAGCACCCAUUGCCAUCAUCGGAGCUGGACCAGGAGGUCUCACGCUUGCACGUUUACUCCACGUCAAUAACAUAAACUUCAUCGUGUACGAGCGAGAUGUUGACCCUAAACCCCGAUUCAUCAACCAAGGCGGAACUCUGGAUAUUCAUGCCUCAUCAGGACAACCUGCAAUCAAGGAAGGGGGCCUCUUUGAAAAGUUCAAAAGCAUUGCCCGCUGGGAAGGUUCCAGAGUCUGCAUGCAGAAUCCAUCGGGUACUGUCAAGUCCGUGUUUGGAGAGGAUCGCGAUGCACCUGAGAUUGAUCGUCUACAUCUUCGCAAGAUGUUGCUUGAUUCUAUUCCCAAUGACAAGAUCAUGUGGGGACAUGAUAUCAGAAGUGUCAAUAAGGGAAAUACUACUACUGAGAAUGUUAUCUCCUUUCAUAAUGGGAGCUAUGCAUCGGGUUUUCGUCUAAUUGUUGGCUGUGAUGGAGCAUGGAGCAAAGUUCGAGCUCUCGUCACGUCAACGAAGCCCGAGUACUCUGGCAAAGUCUUUAUCGAGGGAAGUAUCUCCCACGAUAAUUCCACUUACGCAGCUGCUGUCAAAGACGCUGGACCUGGGACUAUGUUAGCAAUGGGACAGCACAAGAUGAUGGCAGUCCAACAGCUAGCUGAUCAUUCUUAUCGUUUUUAUAUCGGAAUGGACGCACCCGAGCAUGAGUAUCAGAAACACAUGACCGACACUGAUACAGACAAAUUACGCAACAAGUUUCUAUCAUCAUCACGGUUCUUUGCUAGUUGGGCUCCGCAACUCAAGGACUACCUUGGUAAUGCUGAAGGUCCAUUUCACGCAUGGCCUUUGUAUCGAUUGCCAAUUUCCUCCUUGGAGUGGGAGCGUGUUCCGGGUAUUACACUUUUGGGAGACGCCGCUCAUCUUUCUACCCCUCUUGUUGGUGAAGGCGUGAACAUGGCAAUGCUUGACGCAUUGAUGUUAUCGAAAGCCAUAGUCAAGUGCAAGAAGGGAGUUCAGGUUGGGGAGUCUGAAGGGUUACAAUUAGAAAACGCUCUUGAUACAUAUGAAAAGGAGAUGUUGGAGCGUGGUCAAGAUCAUAUCUCACGGUGCAUUGCCCGUGAAAAGGAGUUCUUUUCUGAGAACGCAGCUGAAGAUUUCAUCGACAUGGUUAAUAGUAUGGUGGACAAAGACAAAAAUGGGACAAGACAUCACAGUUAA